CUAAAGGCUUCCUCCUCCGGCCCGCUCUUCCUUCCUCACCUCGGUCACUGCCACCGGUCACCGGCUCCCGACGCCCGACAGCAAAGCCUGCAAAAAUGAAGAUCUGGGCGUCAGAGCACAUUUUCAACCACCCAUGGGAGACGGUGACUAAGGCAGCGAUGCAGAAGUAUCCUAACCCCAUGAACCCCAGCGUGUUUGGAGUAGAUGUUCUGGACAGAAGUGUGGACAAGGAGGGACGGUUACACAGCACCAGACUGCUCAGCACAGAAUGGGGUCUGCCUGCCAUGGCCAAAUCUAUCAUUGGGGUAACAAGAACAUGCACUUAUGUCCAAGAACAUUCAGUAGUGGAUCCCAGAGAGAAAUCCUUUGAGCUCAAAUCUACAAACAUUUCCUUCACUAACCUGGUAUCUGUAGAUGAGAAGUUGACAUACAAGCCACAUCCGCAGGAUCCUGAAAAGACGGUGCUCACCCAAGAGGCUCUGAUCAGUGUGAAAGGUGUCAGUCUGAGCAGCUACCUCGAGGGUCUCAUGGCCAAGACCAUCUCUGUCAACGCCAGCAAGGGUCGGGAGGCGAUGGAGUGGGUCAUCAGACGUUUAAACACAGAAAUCGAGGAGUUGGCAGCGACCGCUCGCGGCACCAUGCGUGUUCCCAUGGCAGCAGCCGUCGCAGACAAAUGAUCUCAGCCUUCGUGCUGCUUCCUCCACCAUCAUGAACCGAUGGACCUCUCAGACUUUUUCCCCUCAAAGGGGACCUCUCACCUCAUUUGCCAGCACAGCCUAAUAACCACAGCCCCAUCCUUCAGCCCUGCGUAUGUUUGUGUGUGUGUGUGUGUGCGCGUCUCACAAGAAGUCAGUGUUCGCCCCCUCCUCAGCAGUCUGUGCCGACGAGUUUGAUACUCGCCGCUGCGGGCAGUGACGGGGAGUUAUGAGCUGAUGACAGUUUAAAAAACCAAAUAAACAGGGUUGAAUAGGACCGCACUCGAAGCUCAUGGGACAUAGUCUUGUGAUGUGAAAGCUCUUUUUUAAAAUUCACACUGUGCCUCCACAUCAUCUCAUCAGUUUUCUCUCGUCUUUGCUUCUUCUUUUCAACCUCUCAUGUCUCUCUAAUGUUUUUAUUGUUUGUACAUCCUCGUAAACAACGUGAGCACUGUUAACCGCUGAAAUUAAGUCACUUUUCAAUAACUUCCUCUGCAUCGACUGACCUCGCUUAGUACAGCAGAACUGACCGAAACAUCUCAAAACCAAAAACCCCACUAAUGCAGACGGACUGUAACAGAGUUUUAAGAGUAACUCAUGUUGAAGUUACAGAUCGUAUCAGCUGACUUGUGAUAUUGAGGCAGCAGACGACUUCUCUCCACUGUCCUGUGAGGUCAGAUACUGAGAGACCUGUAUCUUUGUGAAACGCCAGUAUUUUUUUUAGUAUUUCUGUAGUGGUGAAAACAUCAGAACAAAGCUGCUUCUCCAGAAAAACCAGUUAUAUCCCGCGAUAUUCCAGAUGAGUCUUUUUUUUUUUUUUUAUUCCUACCCAGACUUUUGCUUUUCCUCACAGAUGAAUCUUCUGUGAGCUGUGCGGGUUAAGUAGACAGAAAAAGAGUGCGCUUGUCUUGCAUGACGCUUGAAUACAAAUGUCACUUAUCCAGGUCUUGUGUAGUCGAUGUAAAAUGUUAAAGUCAUGAGCCAUCAAGUGGAAGUCUACCAGUUUUCUUAGUGCAGGGGUCCAAAGCAGUCCACGGCUCAGGAGCAGAAAGUGACGCUAAUAAGGUUGUUUAUUUCAAAGCAGUUAAACAAAUUGGAUUAGAGCGUUUAUGUUGUUGUGAUGCAGAUCCAAGCUUCUGCUCUCUUACAGUCCGUCUGGUUUAUUUUGGGUAAAAACAGGUAAAAAAAAUGACUUGAUUUUUUUUUUUUUAAAUCUCUCUUGUGUUUGUCAGUUUUUUCUCUCAUACUGAUGAUGUGCUGUUCAGUUAAGUGUUAUGUGCAUACUUGAAUGUUUAACUUAUUUUCAGCAUUUGUUACUUAAAGUGGCAGGAAGUCUUUUUUGAAAGGUGCAGUGUUACGUUCGGGAUCACUGAGUGCCAACAUUUAAUACAUAUUUUAAAACGGGCAGAAAGAUGGAGAUAAAUGUAUUGAUUUAAUACCCCAAAACACUUUGAAACUUGAUUUGUGAUGAUGGAUGAACCCCCUCUGUAGGCUCUGUCCAUUUUUUUUCCAUACUGGUGUUAUUUUUGGUAUAUUGGUGAAUAUUGGCAAAGGUUGUUGAAUGAAUUGUUUUUAAAAGCUGUUAGCUUGUGGUGUUUUUUGCAAGUAUCAGUACAGUUUUUAUACUACAUUUAGCUUCUUUACCCCAUAGAGAACUCUCAGGUGCUACAUAGUUGACCUUAGUUCAGUUUCUCCGUUGGCUUCUGAGAUUUAGGCGACAUAAUUUUCUUCUUUUGUCUCGCCUGACAAAUUAAAUAAGGACACUUAUACACAUAAAGUUUACAUUAAAGGGUUUGUGAUGACAGCUAAAGCAGUUUUUAAUUGUUAGAUUGUCCCUGAAUGGAGCUCAGCAUCAUCUGUCUUCCAAGACGCUCCACAGUCGAUCUCAAAUAGUUCAGUUGAUCCUGUUAAUCUACAGUCCUUCGUUUUCACUCCUGCCUCCCUAAAAUAACAAUGUGUUGUUGUUGUUGUUGUUCCAGUUCAUCAUGUCCAGUUCAGGGCUGAAAGUUCACUCCGCUGCCCAACUAACAGCUCAGUAUCCACACAGUCUCUCGUCUCAUGAAUGAAGUGUGAUGUAUUUCUAUGGGGAACAUUUUAAGAACAGUGGUUGUAAAUAGGAUUAUAUUUAUAUUUUGGUGGUGUUACAUUCCAAGAAUGUGAAAAUGUAACAGAAUCUAAAGAGUGCACACUGAAAUGUUUGAAAAUAAAGAGAUGUCAUUGUUUCAUGAA